UUGAGUAAGCAGCUAACUCCAUGCUAGACCCAAACAGCUGAUUAGCAUAAAGGCUAUGAGGCCAGCAGGGUCUCUGGUUGUCUGCUGCACGCAAACGUCAACAUUAGAGCUGAAGUUAAACGAUGCGAUGAGAUUAAUGAAUCUGGAAAUAAUCCCGUUUAAGGGCUGUGAGAGAUACUAACCAGCGUGCUAACAACUAGUUAGCCCUGUUAGCUCCGCUCACAAUAAUAAUAUCAACAGCGGCUGUAUUCCGGCACAGUCCCGUCUCUUUAAACGCCAAAAAACUUUAGAAUUUAAACAAUCCAAAUGGAAACAAACCCGCCGAAAAGACGAGACAACAAGAAGUCUCUUCGGGUGAAGGUGAUUAGCCUCGGAAACGCCGAGGUCGGAAAGAGCUGUAUCAUCAAGCGUUACUGCGAGAAGAGGUUUGUUCCAAAGUAUCUGGCAACCAUUGGAAUCGACUAUGGCGUCACCAAAGUUCAGGUUCGAGACAGAGAAAUCAAGGUGAACAUCUUUGAUAUGGCCGGCCACCCGUUCUUCUAUGAAGUGCGUAACGAGUUCUACAAAGACAGCCAGGGCGUGCUGCUCGUGUAUGAUGUCGGCCUGAGGGAGAGCUUCGAUGCCCUCGACAGCUGGCUCGGCGAGAUGAAACAAGAAAUGGGCUCUCAGGCCAACAUGGACAGCAUCGUGUUUGUCGUCUGCGCCAACAAGGUGGACCUGACGAAGCGGCGAGUGGUGGAUGAGGGCGAGGGGCGCCUGUGGGCGGAGUCCAGAGGCUUUCAUUACUUUGAGACAUCAGCACAGAGCGGCGAGGGCAUCAACGAGAUGUUUCAGGCGUUCUUCUCCUCCAUCACUGACAUGUGCGAGAACGGCGGAAAGCGCCCGGUGUCGGAGGUCAGCGUCGGCUUCACCAAAGAGCAGGCUGACACCAUCCGACGUAUCCGCAACAGCAAAGACUCGUGGGAUAUGUUGGGAGUCAAACCCGGGGCCACGCGGGAGGAAGUGAACAAGGCGUACAGGAAGCUGGCAGUCCUGCUGCAUCCAGAUAAAUGUGUUGCCCCCGGCAGUGAAGACGCGUUCAAGGCGGUGGUGAACGCCCGCACCUCACUGCUAAAGAACAUUAAAUAACACACACACACACACACACACACACACAGAAACAACUGG